GGGUCUUGCUAUUAUAUUGUCCAAACUGGUCUCAAGCGAUCCUCCUUCCUCGACCUCCCAAAGUGUGGAGAUUACAGGCAUGAGCCACCACCGGGAUCCGGCAAUAAUCCACUUUUAAAAAUAAGGAAUGGGGGGAAUAAUGCAGUUGCUGUGAAAACCAAAGGAGAAUGACAGUAACAGCCACAGCCGCCCCACAGCAGGGACUGGGAACUUCUGGGUGGGCAUGCAGCACACCUCCCGGCCUGUGCCUUCCGUCUCUUCUGUGUGUCUCUAGGCCAAUGGCAGCAAUUGACUACAAGUAAGGGAAUCCCUCGCCUCCCUGCAAGCUCCUCCCCUUUCUCCCCGAGCCCCGCCCUCUGCAGCCCCUCCCUGCAAGAGUGGGGCUAGGGCCCGGCAGGUGUGGGGUUAAGGGAGUCUGUUUGGGGCCCCCAGGAGCAGCAGCCUAAGCAGUGGCUGCAGCAACUGCAACAGCAGCGGCUGUGGCAGGCCUGGCCCCGGGCCAGCUGGCGGGAAGCCCCAGGAGGGAGGGAGGGAGGAGGAAGGGGAGGAAGAGGGGAAGGAGGAGGAGGAGGAGGAGAGGAGCAGUCAGCAGGCCCGAGGAGGCAGGACUUCCUGGUGUGGGGGUUGUCAACAGCCCAGAAAGAGAAAGACGGAGAGGCAGAGACCCAGGGGAGCCGAGGAGCGGAGACACGGACCCAGCAGGGUCACGCGGGAGGAGACUCGGGACACCCACUCGCUGGCUGCCACAGGGAGCAGAGGGGGGCUCGGCCGCCCCCUCCCACAUCAGUCUCCAGACCCUUGGGGCUUCAGAGGCCGCUCCUAGGCUCCUCGGAGGAGGCGCGGGUUCCUUCUUUUCCGGAGAGCAAACUUUCCUCGGAGAUGCCUGGCAGGAUGAGCUGCGGCACCCGGAGAGGACAGGACAGCCUCUGAUCGCCGCCUGCGUGCCCCGCCACUGCCCAUGGCCAGGAGGCCCCAGGGAACGGACAGCCCGGCCUCUUAGGCGCCGGGACCCUCAAGCUCAGAUCAGUGGCCGAGGCCCCAGAGUUUGCAAACUCAGCUCUGGAGUUCAGCAGCAACAGCAGCAGGAAAAACCUGCCCCUGCUCCCCCCUCCUGCCACCUCCCCUCUCCUCUUCUCCCCUCACCCAGCAGGCACCCCCGGUUCCCGCCAGGCCCUCCUGCCAUGUCGGACCCAGACGUCCCCAGGGGCUUGGAUGCCCCCGCCAUGUGGCCCCCUUGUUUCAGGGGUGCCUGAGCCCCUUCAAGGAGCCCCAACCCACCCCCAACCUUGGCCCAGCCCUGAGCCCCAGGGACCAUGAGCGGGGGCAAGAAGAAGAGUAGUUUCCAAAUCACCAGCGUCACCACGGACUAUGAGGGCCCAGGGAGCCCAGGGGCUUCGGAUCCCCCUACCCCACAGCCCCCAACCGGGCCCCCGCCCCGCCUGCCCAAUGGGGAGCCCAGCCCCGAUCCAGGGGGCAAGGGCACCCCCCGGAAUGGCUCCCCACCACCUGGGGCCCCUUCCUCCCGUUUCCGGGUGGUGAAGCUCCCCCACGGCCUGGGAGAGCCUUAUCGCCGCGGUCGCUGGACGUGUGUGGAUGUUUAUGAGCGAGACCUGGAGCCCCACAGCUUCGGCCGACUCCUGGAGGGAAUUCGAGGGGCCUCAGGGGGCGCCGGGGGCAGAUCUUUGGAUUCCAGGUUGGAGCUGGCCAGCCUCGGCCUGGGCGCCCCCACCCCACAGUCAGGCCUGUCUCAGGGCCCCACCUCUUGGCUCCGUCCACCCCCCACCUCUCCUGGACCUCAGGCCCGCUCCUUCACUGGGGGACUGGGCCAGCUGGUGGUGCCCGGCAAAGCCAAGGCAGAGAAACCCCCACUGUCAGCCUCCCCACCCCAGCAGCGCCCCCCAGAGCCUGAGACCGGUGAGAGUGCGGGCACAUCCCGGGCUGCCACGCCCCUGCCCUCUCUGAGGGUGGAAGCAGAGGCUGGGGGCUCAGGGGCCAGGACCCCUCCACUGUCCCGGAGGAAAGCUGUAGACAUGCGGCUGCGGAUGGAGUUGGGUGCUCCAGAAGAGAUGGGGCAGGUGCCCCCACUUGACUCUCGCCCCAGCUCCCCGGCCCUCUACUUCGCCCACGAUGCCAGCCUGGUUCACAAAUCUCCAGACCCCUUCGGAGCAGUAGCAGCUCAGAAGUUCAGCCUGGCCCACUCCAUGUUGGCCAUCAGUGGUCACCUAGACAGCGACGAUGAUAGUGGCUCCGGAAGCCUGGUUGGCAUUGACAACAAAAUCGAGCAAGCCAUGGACUUGGUGAAGUCCCACCUCAUGUUUGCGGUCCGGGAGGAGGUGGAGGUGCUGAAGGAGCAGAUCCGGGAACUGGCGGAGCGGAACGCUGCGCUGGAGCAGGAGAAUGGGCUGCUGCGCGCCCUGGCCAGCCCGGAGCAGCUGGCUCAGCUGCCCUCCUCGGGGGUCCCACGGCUUGGGCCCCCUGCGCCCAAUGGGCCCUCUGUCUGAGCCUCCCUUCCCUUACAAUGUGCCUUUGGGGCUGCCCGGCCUUGCGUCAGCCGCCUGCCCCCUCUUCCUAUGCAGCUUUAAUGUCCCCGUGUCCCCGGGGUGGGAGUUCAAGGCUCAGUAAUGGCCUGGUCCCCCGGCACCUGCCCCAUCUCCUCAUCAUCCCCAGCCUUGAUGGAGGAGGGAGGGCUUCAGGACGGGGCGUCAGAGGGAGCCCCCUCUGGGAGGGAACCAACCCCCACCCUCCCUCCUGGGACCCCCCAGAAGUAGACGGCUUGGGGGAGUCGGAGGCUCCCCAGCAGACACCCCACCCCCAUCUUGUUCCCUUGAGGUGCCUCCUCUCCUCUGCCCAGGGGAGGGAGUGUGGACAGUAUCUGGAAGUUCUGGGAUUCAGGUUGUUAUUAAAAUAAUAAUAAUAAUUAAAAACUCUGAAGAAACUUGAA